ACAGCACACAUACAGCGCAUCUGAUUAUAUACGUGUCCAAUAACAUGGUUCUGCGCUGUGACUGCGCUGUAAUGAUGCUCAUAAAGGGCCAUUUAACCGCACCAACCGACAAAUGAACUCGUAUCUUAGUUUGUUUAAUCACAUUUCAUUGGCUACCAGGUGUUCUAGAGAGAAGCAGUAUAGCCAAUAAGAAUCGAUUAUGUUUGAAAGCUACUCGCCAACUAGCUACAUUCUAGGGAAGAGGAUAUCGAGUGACAGCCGAUUAAGUGAAGGAGGAGAAAAAAGAAGUGUUGAUUUGCUUUUAGGAUGUAAGAGGUAAUUUCAACCCUCUUACGAACAUUAUUUUAAUUAUUUUCACUGGAAAGGCCAUAAAGGUAUUUUAUGUCCUACGCCUAUUAACGUUAUCAAUAUGGCAAGAUCGGUUGAUAUUAGUUCAUCCCUUAAAUAAUUUAAUGACAAAUUCUGAAUGCCACCACCGUUUCUACUACGGUCUGGCAUCCACCCAAAUUGCAUGAUUAAUUAUUAAUAAAUUCGUGGCUACGUCACUUGCACAGAAUCAUAUGAAAGGACAAUUGCUGAUAACGUCACCAAGAUCUAACUGUAAGAGGGAAUAACAUUAAUAGAAAGAUGUAGCGCAGUGUUUAAAAUGCCAGACUGAGCAAACUGAGACAAACCAAAUGAUUAGAAUAACUAUUCACAAAUAUAUAUCACAUAAGAAAAGCCAUAUUGUUCACUUUCUGAUGAACAAAAAAUAUAAACAAAAUGUUCAGUAAAAUACAAAAUAAAAUUAGUCUAUUUAUUUAUUUAUUUAUUUAUUUAUUUGCUCUCUCUCUCUCUCCCCUUCUCUCUCUCUCUCUCUCUCUCUCUGACUUGAUCAGAACUUGUCUGGUCGUUAACAAGAUGGGUAGUUCUGUAGAAGAGAACUAAAAAGAGAAUUUUCUUACUGUCAGCCAAUAAAAAUAGCAAAAUCAGUCUGCCAUUUGCUGUGCGUACUAGUGCAUAGUAACACUAUGGUGUUCUAUCACGACAUUAAACAUAGAAAGAGCAACGUGUAAUGUAAAAUCUUUAUGUCAGUCCUUUAUUUAUUCGCUAAGACACAAACCACAGAGCUGUUGGGAUACCUGUAACUAUGCGUAAAACUGAAGGGAGGUGACUGAAACACUCAAGGACACAUUUGAAAAAGCUGGCUAACAAGCUCUGAACUUUUGCCCGCAUGACUAUCCCUUCUCCAGAAAUGCGACACCAUAGUAAACAUACUGACAAGUAACAAAUUACUGUGGGCGUCAUAUUGUUAGUUGCUCUUGUCUUUCCAUGUACCAGUGAAUGAACUCCCAAUAUUCGAGAUCCUUCUACCACCUCCUUUGUGCGUGGGUUUUUAUGAAGAGGGGCUUUGCUAAACUAUUGUCACCCAUUAAUGAUUAGCUGUAGCUUUUCGUUCCCCCGCCAACGCUUGUCAAGUUUUCUAAGUGUGCACCAAAUCAACCACGUGUAACAGACUCCAAGGUGAAUGAGGAUGACAUAUAUGGUGUAAAAUAUGGACCAGCAAGUAAAAUAAGUUGUGGUUGGAUAAUUGACCAGACAUAGUCAUCUAUCCAGAUGUAAAAGUACAAAUUUGCAUUUUUUACAAAAUUUGCAUAUCUUGGGACUGUGUGGAAGCUCUUUUCCUGCUGUCCACCUAACCUAGUUUUGGUAACAGAUCCGUCCAAUGAUUCAAUUAAACUGUCCCAAAGUCGACUCGGGACCAAACUGAAAAGAUGGCGUCACUUCCAAUUCGAGUGUUAAACGGAUUUCAAAUCUGAGUAGAGAUAUUGAACUCUGCAUAAACCUUAUGUCAGAUCAGGGGAAAUGAGACGCUGGGAUUUAGCUUUCCAGAGUAAGGAUAGAGAAUAAUUCUAUAAAAAGGAUACCAUACCAUCUUAACUAGUCUAGCCAAAUAGUACAUUUGCAGUGGUAUGAAGGCCUAUGAGGAAAGAGAGGAAGACGGGUUAAAAUCUCAAAAGGACAUUUGUCCCUUUCUUCGUUUCUCUUUCUCUCUUUCGGGAGAGCCUUUCACGCGGGGCUUGACAUAUUCGUGCUGUUAUCAGAUUGAUGGGCCAGUUUGAUUGAAGUGGCUUUGUCAUGCAAAUGUCAAGCGCGUGAUGGAUGGUCACCGUGCGCUGACAAACUUCUGGAGGUCCCCACACCAUUGGCGCCGUGACGGCUCACGUGACCAGCAGCUGAGGUAUAGAUGUGUUAUAGGGAAGCAGGAGCAAAUACUCUGGAGGUAAUCAUUUUCUCUUUUUUUCCCUCAUGACAUACUGCUGCGAGGUUGUAGCACGGGCAAUUUCAAACUCUCGUCUUUCUCCUCUUCGCCAUCAGAUGCGCAUGGACAAUUCCAGAAUGAACUCAUUUUUGGAGUACACAAUUUGCAACCGGGGAUCGAGCACUUACCCCCCAAAGUCUGGAUACCAUCAUUUGGAUCAGGCUUACUCUGGCCCCUUUCAGUCCGGUGACAGCUAUAACGCUGAUGGACGACUUUACGUAGGGGGCAGUGCGCCGGCGGCCACGGCACAACAUCAGCACCAGAGUGGAGGUUAUGCGCAUCACCAGCACCAAAAUCAAACCAGUGGCAUGGGCCUUUCACCUUACGGUAGCACAGGCUAUGGAGCGCAAGCCUCUGCCACCCCGGACUACGGCCAUCAGCAGUAUUUCAUGAACCACGAACAGGAUGGAAUGUAUUAUCAGUCUUCUGGCUUUGUUGCUCCAAGUGUCGGUCCUAAUUACGGAUCCUUGGCCGGUGCGUACUGUAGCACGCAGGGAGCAGUUCCGGCGGCGACAUAUCAACACAUGAACGGCUGCGAAGGCCAGGACCACCAACUCCUCUACGGCCAGGGUACAUACGCAGACCUAUCAUCCUGCCAGCAGAAGGAGACAGGCUCGGAUCAAAUGCCAGGGAAGACCUUUGAGUGGAUGAAAGUUAAAAGGAACCCUCCUAAAACUGCAAAAGUGACAGAGUACGGCCUGGGUCCACAAAACACAAUCCGUACAAACUUCACCACAAAACAGCUUACAGAGCUCGAGAAAGAGUUUCACUUCAGCAAAUACCUGACCCGAGCGCGCCGGGUGGAAAUCGCUGCCACGCUUGAACUGAACGAGACGCAGGUGAAGAUUUGGUUCCAGAACCGACGAAUGAAGCAGAAGAAACGGGAAAAGGAAGGGCUCGCUCCUACAUCCUCCACCACAUCUAAGGACUUCGACGAGAACUCGGAUCAUUCUACAACAACAUCUCCAGGCACGUCCCCAAGUCCGGAAACCUAACGAAAUAAGCGGAACUUAAAGUCCUAACAUGAACUACAGGCCUUUAUAAUAUUAAAUAAUAUUUCCUUAAACAUUCCAAAUCAUGUCGAACACACCUUCAUAUUGAAAUGGGACACAGGCUAUACAUUUUCCCUUAACUCUGACCUAAAGGGGAGAUAAUAGUUUGUCCUACAGGAACAUAUGUGGAUAAAUUUAGACAGGUUGUUUAAGAUGAACUCCAAUUUCUAAUUUCUAGGCUAAUUCAGGGUUCGCUAAUUCCGGCUUUCAUCCAAAAGUCGGUAAUGCACUUUUAGCAUGUUUACAAGUCUCUAAAUGGAUCUUUCAUUCAGACCUAGAGGGAGUCUAUAAGAGCAAAAUAAUAACUUUUGUAUGGUUGUUUAUUUUUUGUGAGUAUGUCGAUAUACCUUUGUGAAGUGUUUGUUGAAAGUAGGCUAUGUCCUAAGGUUUAAUCGGACCGUUUGCACUAUGCGGUUACAGGGUAGGCCUUCACGCCACUGAUGCACCUCACUCUGUUAUUACUGUAAUCCCAGCUAUGACUGAAUGAAUGAUAUUAUUUUUCCUCUUUGGUGCUUAAUUUUAGAACGGAAACCAGAACACGAAGUGCUAUGUAUUUAACGAUUCAGGAUUUUUGUAACAUGGGGUAUAGGGGAUGUAUUUGGUAGCCUUAUUUCAAUUUCGUGACACCGACAAGUUUUUGAGACUUAUAGAGUGCAGUUGUUUAGGUUAAAUACAGGGUUAUUACGUACUUUUCGUUAUCCAAAACCUUUAGAUAAUGAUAUAUAUAUAUAUAUAUAUUGUGGUGUAAACACAGACUGGCUGAGUUUUAUUAGUUUGUCUGCAUGUUUUAACGAAAGUGUUAUUUCAGAUUAUGUGUCUACCUCAAAUAAUAAUAAUUAAUAAUAAAAGUAUUUUUUACUGAU